AGGGCCGAGGGGGAGGGGCCGGGGUCUCUCGAAGGCCGGGCGGGCGGCUCCCUCCCAGCUCCCUCCCAGCUCCCGGGCCCACAGCGAUGGGGAGAUAUUGCAGCCUGGUCAGUGGAAAGGCAGCGACCAGCGCGGCGGCAGAGUGGAGCGGCUCUGGAUUGGGAACAGCCUCUCAGGACAGAAACUCUCCCCAGUGCCUGGGAAUUCUUCAUUGGAUUACUGCGUUUUCAGCAGCGUUUUCUGAGCGUCUCAAAUCUGCACCUGGAGAAGAAAGAUGUGGAAAGCCUCGGCCAGCCACACUGUGUCCAUCACCCCGGACGACGGGGGAGCCAACACUUGGGAGGACUGCCCCCGAUUUUGUGAAUGACGUAAGUGAAAAAGAGCAGAGAUGGGGGGCCAAGGCCGUGCCAUUAUCUGGGCACCGGGAACACAUCAAUAUCCACAAGUUGCGGGAGAAUGUGUUUCAAGAACACCAGACCCUCAGGGAGAAAGAGCUGGAAAUGGGACCCAAAGCCUCUCCUGGCUACGGAGGGAAGUUUGGCGUGGAGCAGGACAGGAUGGACAAGUCAGCUGUCGGCCAUGAGUAUCAGUCAAAGCUCUCCAAGUGCUGCUUGCAGGUUGACUCCAUCUGGGGGUUUGGAGGCGAGUGUGGUGUCCAGUUGGACAGAGUGGACCAGGUGUGGUCUUCUUGACUUGAUGCUGAAGAAGAGAUUGGAUAGAACUCAACAUCUUCCCACUGUUGUUAUUAUUGUUCUAUUGCUAAGUCGUUCUUACUCUUUGCAACCCCAUGAACUGCAGCACCCCAGGCUUCCCUGUUCUUCACUAUCUCCUAGAAUUUGCUCAUGUCCAUGGAGUCUGUGAUGCCACCUGACCACCUCAUCCUCUGUUGCCCACUUCAUUUGGAUAGAACUGAACAUCUUCCCACUAAAAAACUCUUUAAAAACCAAAAAGGACAGCUUUGAAACAGAGUUGGAAACAUCUAUUUCAAGCCAAGGGCCAAAAUCACACUGAAUAGUGAUGUGUCACAAGUGGUCUCAUUAAAGUCAGGGACAAGUCAAGGAUGCUGUGAUCACCUCUGUUAAUUAUCAAUGCUCUGAAAGUUCUAGAAUGUGCUAUCGAACAAGAAAAUUCAAUAAUAAUUGUGAUAGCUGAAAGAGGGAAAUAAAUUAGCCAGUGAUUGAAGAUGAUAUAAUGGCCUACCUGAAAAACACAAAAGUAUCAGCUGAAACAUGGUAAUAAUAGAACAGCUCUGUCAGGGAGUCAGAUGGUAACAACUCUCCAGAGUUAUUGUUGGCAAAAGAAUCAGUGUGUAAUUCCUGGAAAUUGCAGUGGAGAAAGGAUGCAAUCAGAAAGAGCAAGGUUGUGGGGGGAAUAGAGAUACCCUAUGAUUAAACUUAAGAGGAAUAAGAUACCAAUCUGCACAAAAAUGUAAAGUUCUACUGAGGAACGAAGGAUGGAAGGAAGGGAUCAGGGGAGGGAGGAAGGAAGUUUGUAUAGAUGGAUGGAUGGAUGGAUAAAUGAACAGAUGGAUGAUGGAUGGAUAAAUGAACAGAUGGAUGAUGGAUGGAUAAAUGAACAGAUGGAUGGAUGGAUUAAUGCGUGGAUGGAUGGAAGGGUGGUGAGACAGGUAGAUGGAUGGAUGCGUGGUUGGAUAGAUGCAUGGACAGAUGGUGGUUGGAUAGCUGGAUGGAUUGAUACACAGAUGGAUGGAUGGAUGGGUGGAUGAAUGGAUUAAUGAGUAGAUAAUAGUAGAGGGAUGGACAGAUGACUGACUGACUGGAUGGAUGGGUGGAUGGAUGGAUGGAUGAAUUAGUGAGUGGAUGGAUGGAUGGAUUUGUGAGUAGAUGGAUGGAUGAACAGAUGGCUGGCUGGCUGGCUAGGUGGAUGAACAGAGGAUGGAAUGAAUAAUGUUUACAUAUGUUUACACUCCAAUUCUAGAAACAUAUUCUAGGAAAUUAAGUAGGAGCUGGGCGAUGAUUGUUUUCUCCAGAACAGUGACAAGUGUUUGGAAACGGCCUAAGUGCUCAUCAGUGAGGGGUGAGGUGCAAUCUGUGGACACCCCACAAGGAACAGCCCUUCCCCUCCUUCCUGCCACCUUCAGCAGCCGCCGCCCCAGGACUGACUCGUCUGUGUGUGUUUCCAGUUUACCCGCACUAAUGCUACAGGUGAUUAUACAGCGUCCAGAAUACGACAAAGACAUUUUGAACUCGAUGCGAUCUUUAAUCUGUUUAAAGUUGUUGUAUGGCCCCUAAGGUAUUUUAUUACAGACUUUUUAAUUAGUGAAAAAUUCAUGAAUACCAUAGAGAAAAUGUUUUAAAAUUUAAUGUUUCUUAUAUUUAUGCAAACUUAUGACUUUAUUUAUAUACUGACUUUUUCUUGUAUAGCCAGGCUAUAAAUAUCCUUUCAGAUCAAUUCAUGUUCUGAUACGUGAUUUUAGUCUUCCAAAUGAAUGUACUGUAAUGCUUGUCUGUAUAAAUCCUAUGAACAAAUAUAGGGCUUUUGUAAAUGAUGCAUUUAUUGUAAUUAUUCUUGUUUAAUUUUUAAAUGAUAAACCAUGAGAGAAGGGGUUUUCCUGCAAUUGUAAAAUCAUCAUGACACGGUGUGCAUUAUCCUUCCAGAAUGUAACCGAGCUCUCCAACACUCACUCUGAAAUGAGCGAACUUACUUUCAACCAAUUGUUCUAUUUUAACGACUGACCUAAACUGUACUUUUUCUAGCAAGAAAUGCUUUUUCUCUGCAGAGUGAAGCGAUUUAAAAGUACUGGGUGUUGAAUGUGAGCUUCUAGUGAAGUCUGGGCUGAAAGCAUGAGUAGAAGACGACUAUGACAAUCUCUCCCGUGACCUGGUCUCUGAGGACCCGGGUCCCUCUCUCCGCUGAGACUCUUCGGGGACCAAUCGCGAUGCCCUGCACCCGCUGCAGAGCUGGUGCGCUGGACGGUGAAGGAGCCACGUCCCACAGACAGCGUAGAGCAGCUCUAACAAAGGCCUUAGUUUUCUUAUGUAAAGCAUCUUUUUAUCUGUAAACAUGUUUAAAGAAUGGACCUAGGCAUACAUUUGUAGAUUUUGACGACAUAGCCAUUUUGGAUUGUAUAAGCAGCAAAUGUAACUUUUACUCUUUCAGGAGCACAUUAAAAAAGCCAGCAAGAGAUGCGUUCAGAUCACAGUGCGUCAUUUAUUAUGCAGUGAUAUCUCAGUAGACAGAGACGGCACGUCUCUUUACAUGUGGGUUCCACCUUUAAUUUACUUGUACAAUUCAUUGUUACCAUUCUGUUUUUCUACUAAUCUUUGGUGAACUUCCUGAAUAUGUGACGAAGUACGUACAGUCUACUUUUGAGCUAUUUUUAUCACAGUAUUAUUUAUUGCUUUCUUUCAAUAAAGUACUGAAGGAAAAUUUC